AUGUCUGCUUCUAAAUUAAUGUAUUCUUCACCAGGACCAAAAAAUUAGUCUGCAAUAUCAUAUGCAGGUGACAGAGAUCGAGCUCUUUCACCUAGUAGGGCAAAGAUAUCUUAAUUAUCAGAAAAACUCUCAAAUCUCUAGCAUUCAAUCGACGAAGAUCAGGCAUUUAAAAAAGAAACCUUUGAAUAAAAGGUUAAAGUUUUAGAAGAUAAAGCCAUAAAGCAGCAAUAAGGGGAUGAAUCAAAAUUUAAGUUGUUAAGAGAAUAAUUAUAAAAAGUGGAGGAAGGAGCUUAAAAUGAAAAGAUUAUUAGAGAAAGUGGAGAUGAAAAAUUAAGAAAUAAAGAUUUGAAACUCUUGGAAGUCAAUUUAGGAAAAGAACUAUAAGCAGAAAAAGUCAAUAGAAAAGAUUAUGAAUAAAAAAUAACUAAGACUACAGAUGAUAGGGUCUAUAGUCUGAAAUUGGAUUUAGCAAGAUAAAAAAAAUAUAGAGAAGAAACAGAAGAAAAGAAUGCUCAAGAAAUUGGAGAUAGAAUUUUAUAAUUAUAGGAGGAAGUUGAUGAAGAAAGAAGAUAGAGGGAAGAGGGAAAUCAAUAGGUUAUCAAACGAUUGGGAGAUUCUAUAUUGAAAUUGCAAGAAAUUUUAACAACAGAGAAAAAAUAGAGAGUAUCAGCAUAGUCUUAGAUGUUCAGAAUGCUAGAUGAGAUGAAUUCAUAUUUGAACGGAGAGUUGAAUGCGGAAAAAAAUGAAAGGGAAGCCACAGAAGAGAGCAUUAUAAAUCUUAUUGAUUAAACAUGCAAUAGAGUUGAGAAUUCAUUGAGGAAAUGAUCUAAUAAGCAUAGUAUGUAUAAAUAUCAAAAUUUUAUUUUUUU